CCCAUUUGCCCUAAAGUAUCAGCAGCUGCAUUAUGAAGAAAGUCAUUGUUAGUCUGCACGCCGGAAACCACCAUAAUGCCACUCUUCUCCUCCUCACUCCUCAAACCUCUCUCCACACCGUUGCCUCGAUACCAGCCCCAAAUCCACCGGAAGACCCUAUUCGCGGUCGCCGCUGUCCAGAUGAGCUCCAAGGAGGCCAAGCUAUGGGGAGGACGGUUUGAGGCCAGCACCACCGACUCCGUCGAGAAAUUCACCGAGUCAAUUUCAUUCGACAAGGCACUCUACAAGCACGACAUCAUGGGAAGCCGCGCGCACGCCGCCAUGCUCGCCUCUCAGGGAUUGAUUACCGAAGGCGAUAGGAACGAGAUUCUGAGAGGCCUCGAUGAGAUUGAGAGGCUGAUCGAGAGAGGGGAUUUCGCUUGGAGGACGGACAGGGAGGACGUACACAUGAACAUUGAAGCUGCGCUCACAGACCUGGUUGGCGAGCCUGCAAAGAAGCUCCACACUGCCCGGAGCAGGAACGAUCAAGUCUGUACUGACUUUCGUCUCUGGUGUCGGGACGCGAUUGACGGGAUUGUUGCUCGUAUUAAGCAUCUUCAAGUUGCAUUGGUGAAUCUGGCUUUGAAGAACGAGAGUCUGAUAGUCCCAGGGUAUACCCAUUUACAAAGGGCACAACCCGUUCUUCUGGCUCAUCUUCUUUUAGCAUAUGUCGAGCAGGUGGGUUGGUUUCAGCAAAGUAUACUGUAUAUGAUUAUGGCCUCCUUACUUUCCGGAGACGAUAUGAUGCUUGAAAGGGAUGCUGGUCGUUUGCUAGACUGUCGUGUCAGAUUGAAUUUCUGUCCCUUGGGUGCCUGUGCAUUAGCUGGCACUGGCCUGCCCAUUGAUAGGUUUAUGACUUCUGAGGCUCUGGGAUUCGGUGCCCCCAUGAGAAACAGGCAUGGAUUGUUUUUUAUGUAUAAGUUCAAAGGAAUCUUCCACGCAUAUGCUAUUCCUAACUGCAUAAUCUUCAAAUCUAUCAUUGAUGCAGUUUCAGAUCGAGAUUUUGUUCUGGAGUUCCUUUCUGCAAAUUCCAUCACAGCUGUCCAUCUCUCUCGCCUUGGUGAAGAAUGGGUAUUGUGGGCAUCAGAAGAGUUUGGCUUCAUUACGCCUAGUGAUUCCGUUUCAACUGGAAGCAGCAUAAUGCCUCAGAAAAAGAACCCUGAUCCAAUGGAACUCGUCCGCGGGAAAUCCGCUAGAGUUAUUGGGGACCUGGUUUCUCUUCUUGUGUUGUGCAAGGGUCUUCCUCAUGCUUACAACCGAGACUUACAGGAAGAUAAAGAACCUGUAUUUGACAGUGCCAAAACAAUAAGGGGUAUGCUGGAAGUUUCUACAGAAUUUGCAGAAAAUAUCACCUUUAACCAAGAGAGAAUCAGAAAUGCUCUACCGGCUGGUCAUCUUGAUGCAACAACACUCGCAGACUAUCUUGUGAAAAAGGAAGUACCUUUUAGAACUUCUCACGAUAUUGUCGGUAGAGCUGUUGCCUUGUGUGUUUCAAGAAACUGCCAACUUCAAAAUCUGACUCUUGCAGAGCUCAGAAGUAUAAGCUCAGUGUUCGACGAGGACGUUUACGAGUUUCUUGGAGUCGAAAACUCAAUAAAAAAUUUCAGUUCGUAUGGAUCCACAGGCUCUGAAUGCGUAGCCAGUCAACUAGACUACUGGGUAACCAAGUUGGAGUUGAACAGAAAAUGAGAAUGUUAAGUCUGGCAGGGAUGGAAUAAUACAAGUUUGUAUUCAGGAAAUUCUGUUGUUUUAGAUGAGGAUUCGGUAUCUGUUUUGAAAUUCUUGGUUGAUUUAAUACUCUGCGUUCGCAUUUAUUUAGAACUUUGUUGUAUCUGUGUGCCUAUGUGAUUAUGUGAUAAAGACUUCCCCAACCAGUGGAUUGACUCGUAUAAAUGGUGGAACAUAUGCGAUGCUGUUAAAAAUAGUUGUUGGUAGCUGAAAAGAAUGAAUUCCAAU